UGAUCGUCGCUAGCGGACGUGGUCGCUCAACCCUACUCUACUCGGUCCAAAACCGAUUCCAGACCGAUACCGAACCGAUUCCAAACCGUUUCCAAGCCGAUCCCAACCGAUCCGACGUGCGUUCUAUAUUUUUUUGCAGUUGUUAAAUGUUUUAAUUGACGCGUAACGGAUGUAAAGCGAUCCACGGAUUCCAAACAUGACGGAUAAAGAAAAUGAAAUACAGCCAGCGGCUGAGCCUGUGGCUGAACCAGCGCCUUCUCCUGCUGCAGAGAUCGCUCCUGCGAGUCCCUCGCCCAAAGCCUUGGUCGUAGAAGACUCCAUACCAAGUGCUGGGCUCGUGGAAGACUCUACCCCAAGUGUUGCGACCGUAGAAGACACUACGCCGAUUGCAGCCUUCGCAGAAAGUCAACCCGCCGUCGAGAGCAAUGGCAAGGCAUUGGUGGAGGCCAAGAAGCUGCCCGAAAUCGCUGCGGAACCCCAGAAGAAUGGCAAGGAGCCCGAGAAGAAUGGCAAGGAACUGCAGGAGGCCAAUGACUUCAAGAACGUUUCCGAGGCUGAGGGUCAGCAGAAGAAACUGCCGUAUCCCAAGUCCGUGUUCUUCAUCAUCAGUAACGAGUUCUGCGAGCGAUUCAACUACUACGGCAUGCGAACUGUUCUGGUCCUCUAUCUGAGUCGAGCUCUGCACUAUUCUGAUGACACCGCCACCGUGGUCUUCCACGUCUUCACCAUGUUCGUGUACUUCCUCUGCGUUUUCGGCGCCAUCAUUUCGGACUCCUGGCUGGGCAAAUUCAAGACGAUCCUGUACUUAUCGAUGGUGUAUAUAUGCGGAUCGGUGCUGCUGACCCUGGGAGCGAUUGGACCACUCAACCUGCCCGUCGAGACGUUCACGAUGCUGGGCCUGGCGCUUAUUGCCCUCGGAUCGGGUGGCAUUAAGCCCUGUGUGUCGGCAUUCGGCGGCGAUCAGUUCAAGGUGCCGGAGCAGGUGAAGCAGAUCACCUCGUUCUUCUCGCUCUUCUACUUCUCGAUCAAUGCCGGAUCGCUGAUCUCCACCACGGUGACCCCGAUCCUGCGCGAGGAUGUAUCCUGCUUCAACGACAUCAACUGUUAUCCCCUGGCCUUCGGAGUGCCCGCCGUGCUGAUGAUUGUCUCGGUGAUCAUCUUCGUUCUGGGACGAUCCCUCUACAAGAUGAAGCCGCCGGCCGGUAACAUGGUGGUGCUGGUGAGCAGUACCAUCUGGACAGCUCUAACGACCAAGUGCAAGGAGAAGAAGACCAAUCCGCGGGAGCACUGGCUGGACUAUGCCGAUGUGAAGUACGAUCGCCAGUUGAUCGACGAUGUCAAGGUGCUGAUGCGAGUGCUCUUCCUCUACCUGCCGCUCCCGGUCUUCUGGGCACUGUUCGACCAGCAGGGCUCCCGCUGGACCUUCCAGGCCACCCGUAUGGACGGCGACAUGGGCUCCUGGGACAUCAAACCCGACCAACUGCAAGUGCUCAACCCGCUGCUCAUUCUGCUCUUCAUCCCCCUGUACGAUGUGGCCUUCUAUCCGGCCCUGAGGCUCGUGGGCAUCCGCCGACCUCUGCAGAAGCUCACCAUGGGCGGCAUCCUGGCCGGCAUAGCCUUCAUCAUAUCCGGCGUGGUGGAGCUCAACCUGGAGAAAACCUAUCCCGACCUGCCCUACAGCCAGAACAUCCAGCUGCGCAUCUUCAACCCGGAGAACUGUGACUACACCUUCACGUCGAACCUAGCGGGAGUGGAGAGCGUGACGGUGCCCUCGCUGAAUGCCUACACGAACAAGGACAUCUACGUAUCCAACUCGGUGAACCUGGUCUACUCCCUGACCAGCCAGAACCCGUCCUGCACCAACAAUGUUGCCGGGGCCACGAUAACCCUGACCGAGAAGAAGGCCUGGUCGCUGUUCCUCAAUCCGACAAAUGCCACCACCACCCACUUCUGGCAGGAGGACUAUGUGGACAAGCCCAGCGAGAGUCGUCCACUGAUCCGCAAUGUGGCCAACGUGCCGCAGAGUCAGACGAUCCGUUGGCAAAGUGCGUCCAAGGGAGAGGUGGCCUAUGAGGAACUGGCCGCCGAUACGAACCUCACGCGUGUGAAUUCGGCGCUUUACGAUGUCCUGGUGGGUGAAACCAUAGUUGGACAAUUUAAUGUCCACACUGGCGGAGUGUACACCCUGCUUAUCAGUGAUGGGUAUACGGCCAAUCUGGUGGAGGUUACCGAGGCCAACUCGAUGAACAUCCUCUGGCUGGUGCCGCAGUACGUGAUCAUGACGCUCGGCGAGGUGAUGUUCUCGGUGACGGGUCUGGAGUUCUCCUACGCCCAGGCGCCGCCCAGCAUGAAGAGUGUCCUGCAGGCCUGCUGGCUGCUCACGGUGGCCUUUGGCAACGUCAUUGUGGUCAUCAUCGCCGAGGCCGCUCUGUUCGACUCGCAGGCCAGCGAAUUCUUCCUGUUCGCCGGCCUCAUGUUCGCCGACAUGCUGAUCUUCAUGGUGAUGGCCUACUACUAUGUGCCCAAUGAUCCCAACAAGCCGCUGGAGGAGGCCCAGCCCUUGACAGCGGGCGAUGCCAAGGCCGAGAUACCGCCCCUCGAGGGCGGAGUCGAGAACAAGGGCAAGGAAAUCGAAGAGUAGACCCGGACACACUCGAUCCCAUCCGAUUCGUCCUGCUCGCUCUCCAGCGUUGUGUAUUAUAUGUAUUUGUAUUUCUAUUUGUAUCUGUACUUGUAGAUGUGUAUAUGUGAAUCCUUAGGGGCCUCUGUCCAUUCCCGAGCUAAGUGUAAGUGAAGCCCCGACCGGGCGUUGUUGCAUAUGAGAAGACAUCCAUCUAGUUAAUCUAAUAAAACAAAAUCACUGAUAUAA